CGGUAUUCGACAAGGAAAACAGACUGUUGCGGUGGUGAGAAACGCGGUCUACUGACAGACACUCACUUCCUUCCAUCCACCCAAUCUUCAAACACCUCCCACCAUGAUGAAAAAUGUAUGCUACGAUACAGGCUAUGACCCUUGGACGGAUCAAGGAUGUCCUGCUAUCAUUCUCAAGUCUCCAGAAGUUAUACGGCGUCACCAAUUGGUCAAGAGGAAGGCUGCAAUGUCCCAUAGCAAUGACUUCUAUUCUAUGCUCCCUUUUUUCCCAUCUUUAACUUCCCCC